AUUACUUUAUCACUUAUUUAUCUUAGCAUUUACUUAUUCAUAACUAUACAUUAAUCAUGGUCGCUGUUCAAAGAAUCCGCUCUCUUGCCAACUUCAAGACUGCCACUCGUCAUUGGGUUCCAAUUACUAGAACCGCCUAUUCUAGAGCCCACUUUUCAUCAAGAAGAAUAUCUAGCAAUAACGAUGCUCAAUUAGUCUCUAAUGAUGACGCUUUCCCUGUUAUCAAGUCCGGCGUGUCUACUAAGAAGGAAAGUCAAAUCAAUAACAACAAUAACAGCAAUAACGAAACCGAACACUACUUUGAACCUGUUAUUUACUCGUCAGAGGAAGUGUUAACUGCCAGUGCAGCAAAGAAAUACUAGAUGUAUUGAAAACCCUGUAUAUGUGUCAUUUAUUUUUAGUUUUUUAGUUCUUCGGAGGUUGAUACCCCAUACUUUGUUUUUUGGAUAUAUAUUUAGUUUCAUGAUAAUGCAUAAAAAAAUCGUUU